CUUUGCUUGGCUUGCCAAAAAGAGUAUUGUUAUUUUUACACCGUUUUUACAGUAAUAUCAGUGUUUAUCACCAAUAGGUAUUAGCAUGGCUGACGAAUAUGCUGCAGUCAAAAGAGGAAAACUUGUUUUAAAAGGCGACAAACCAAAAGCGAAAAAGCGUAAACACAAGAAGAAUAAAGACAAAUCGGACAGUUCUAAAGUAGACGAAGAUUUUAUUAAGCACGGAGGAUGGUGGAAAGUGGAGAAAAUCGAAGAUGUAGUCGGUUCCAUUUCAAUCGAGUUUGGGAACAAUGCUUACAUUUCGGCGCUUGAUAAUGGCCUGUUCACGGUUGGAGCGCCUCACGGGGACGGCGAAGGGCCGGCGCCAGAGGAGAUAUUCACCGCUUUCCCAGCUGGAGAAACGAAGUUUGCCCUUAAGUCCGGUUAUGGGAAAUAUCUGGGAGUGUCGAAGGAGGGAGUGGUGAUUGGGAGGUCUGACGCGGUGGGGCCAAUGGAGCAAUGGGAGCCGGUGUGGCAAGAAGGCAAAACAGCAAUCCUCAGCGCCCUAAACAAAUUCAUGUGUGUGAGCCCGGAGGAUGAUUCCGUUGUAGCUCGGAAUGCAGCAGCGGGAGAUACAGAGUUCUGCAGCAUACGCAGCAACAAAACAAAGGAGGUGAACACUGUGGUGCUGCCGGACGAGGAGCAAGGGAACCUUAAUGAGGUGGAAGUUAACUAUGUGAGAAAAUUCCAGAAAUUCCAGGAUAAAAAACUCAAACUAAACGAUGGGGCAGUUUCUGAGCUGAAGAGAGCUAAGGCAGAGGGCACUUUGCAUGAGACGCUGCUUGACAGACGGAGCAAGAUGAAAGCGGAUAGAUAUUGUAAAUAACUUUAUAAAUAUAGGUGUUUAAGAAUCA